AUGGAGGCCUGCCUUGGGGGAGCUGUGGCUUUUUGGUACCUGGGCUCGGCUCUGUGUCCGGUGUUACAGCCGAGCCAGGCCAGGGAGGGACCGCAGCUGGGGCUGAAAGAGCCCAAACCCAGCACCUCUCCUGUGCAAUGGGUGUCGGGGCUAGGGACAGUCAUAGCGGUCUCCUGCAGACCCCUUGGUUGCGUUUCAGAGCCACCUGGCACCUGCGGGGAGUACGGCUGCGACCUCUCCUGGGCCCGUGUCUGCCCCCUCGGCUUCUCCAUGGUGGAGACAGCCAACGGAGUCCGCUGUACUGACAUUGACGAGUGCCUGAGCGCUGCCUGCGAAGGACUCUGCGUCAACACCGAGGGUGGCUUCGUCUGCGAGUGCGGCCCUGGCAUGCAGCUCUCCGCUGACCGCCACAGCUGCCAGGAUACGGACGAGUGCCUGGCAACGCCGUGCCAGCAUCGCUGCAAGAACAGCGUUGGCAGCUAACGCUGCCCCUGCCGGACUGGCUACCAUGUCAACGAGUGCCGGCGGCCAGGAGAGAGACGGGCCUGCCAGCACGCCUGCCACAACACGCCGGGCAGCUAUCUGUGCUCCUGCCGCCCCGGGUACCGUCUUAGUGGGGACAGGGUGUCCUGCGAAGGCUUCCCCAAAUCCAUCCUGGCCCCAUCCCCUAUCCUGCAGUCCCUGCAGCACCCACCCACUCUCCUCCUGCUCCCUCCUGGCCCGGGGGGACCCCUCCCGGUCCCUAGGGGCUCCCCCUCUCCCUACCUCCCACCCCCAGCCCCAGCUCCAGGCACCCAAACCCCUUCCUUGCCUGCUGCCCCCUCGUCCCCAGCCGCUGUGCUGUUGCUGCGUACAGAGGGAGCUCCUGGCACCUCUGCGCCGCCGCCGCCGCCUGCUCUGCCAUCCCCCCGCUGCUGGUACCGGGGAGCCCCCCGGGAGCACGGCACCCGCUGGACAGAGCCAGGCUGCCUGAGCUGUGCCUGCCAAGAAGGACGAGUGCUCUGCACGUCUGUGAGCUGCCCCGUGGCCUGCUCCCACCCGCUGCCUGCCCCGGGGGGGGGGUGCUGCCCCAGCUGCACAGGCUGUCUGCACGACGGGGUGGCCCGGGCCGAGGGCGAUGUCUUCUCCCUGCCAGAUGGGAACUGCACCGUCUGCGUAUGCCUGGCUGGCAACGUCUCCUGCAUCUCCCCCGAGUGCCCUCCAGGUCCCUGCUCCAGCGCCUCGACAGCCGACUGCUGCUCCUGCCAGCCAGCAAAAUGCAACUUUCAUGGCCGCACAUAUGUACAUGGAGCCCGGUUCAGCCUGGAUGGGGAUGACUGCACCACCUGUAUCUGCCGGAGUGGUGAGGUGGAGUGCUCCUUCACCCCAUGCCCUGCGCUGGACUGCCCUCAGCAGGAGUGGCACCUGGGCCCUGGGCAGUGCUGCUUCACCUGCCGGGACCCCCCGCCCCCCUCAGGUUGCUAUGUGGAUGACAACGGGGUCGAGUUUCCUGUCGGACAGAUCUGGUCUCCGGGCGAUCCCUGUGAGUUAUGCAUCUGCCAGGCAGAUGGCUCAGUGAGCUGCAAGCGGACGGACUGCGUGGAGACAUGUCCCUACCCCAUCCAGAUCCCCGGGCAGUGCUGUCCUGACUGCUCAGCAGGCUGCACCUACAUGGGAAGGAUCUUUUACAACAAUGAGACAUUCCCAUCUGUCCUGGACCCCUGUCUAAGCUGCAUCUGCCUGCUGGGCUCAGUGGCUUGCUCACCUGUGGACUGUGCCAUCUUCUGCACGUACCCGUUCCACCCAGAAGGGGAGUGUUGCCCUGUCUGUAACGACUGCAACUACGAGGGCAGGAAAGUGAUGAACGGCCAGACGUUCAGCCCUGAGGGUGAGCCAUGUACCCGCUGCACGUGCCAGCUCGGGGAGGUGAGCUGCGAGAAGAGGCUGUGUCCCCAGUCCUGCGCAGAGCCCACCAUGCUCCCAGCUGCCUGCUGCCCGGCCUGCCACGCAGCAGAUUCCCGGGUCCUGCUGCAGAGCAGUGACCCUUCCCCAUCCCAUGAUGACUCGCCUGCCAGCACCCCACGUCCCAGCCUUCCACCAUCCACUGCCUCUCCGCGCCGCCUGGCCCAGCUUCUGCUCCGCGCUAGCCUGCCUCCUCUGGAUGCUCAGCCCCCUGACGCAGCAGCCCCCAGCCCCUCUCCGGGCAGCGCAGUGGCUGGGGCGUCUCAUCUGCUGGGGCCAAGCCCCCCAGAGCGCCAUGGGGGGCCCUUGGCAGCCGUUCUGCCCACUCCUCUCCCUGGUCCCACUGGCUUCUUUGGCACUGCGGCUGCCAUGGGCAGCCCCAGCUCAAGCCCUGAGGCUCAGGGACCUCCUGAGGAUGUGGACCCCUCAGCUGUGCUGCCAUCCAGCAUGGAGCACCCCCGGGGCCACACGGCUCCCUAGAGCACUGGGUGCUGUGUGUGCCUGGUGCAAUGUGAGGAGGAGGAGGCCUGCAGGACCAGCAGGCCUGGCCUGACAGACCCCUGUGGGGUGGGUGGCUGGGGAUGGGGCAUUGAGGCAUGUGGGUCUCCACACUUAAUACACAGGGAGGGUGAGGGUCCUUGCUCUCUACUCGCCUGUGCUGGGCUUUGCCCCUCUUCCUGGGGCAGAGGGUGCGUGGACCCCGGGUACCGUGGUCUCCUGGCUCCUCACUGUGUCAACACGCAGGGGGCCGGGGCAUGGGACUGGCUGUGAACAGUCUCCCUGGCUGGGGCAGUGCAGGAUGUGGAGGGGGGAGAGGCCUCUGGCUGGGGGCAAUGCUAAGCUGGGUGCACCCUACCAGCCCCUGGCUGCUGCAGACUGGCGCCAUGAUCCCCCAGGUCCUCAGUGGCCACCCUCGCCCCCUGUCGUGAACAGGGGGCAGGCUGGCCUUCCUCCCGCAAUGGCCGAGCAUGGCCCUGGGCCCUGGCUCCCCUUGCAGCAUCAAUAAAGUUGCCCUGGUAUUUA